UGUUUCGCAGUGUUCCCGGUCCGGUGCAAUUGUAGUUGCAUAUACGCCAACGAUUUAGACGCCUUUCGACUCCCCAAAAUCCAAUAAACAUGAAGAUCUACAAGGACAUCAUCACCGGUGACGAGAUGUUCGCCGACACCUACAAGAUGAAGCUAGUGGACGACGUAAUCUACGAAGUGUACGGAAAGCUGAUCACCCGCCAGGGUGACGAUAUCGUUCUUGUCGGCGCUAACGCCUCAGCUGAGGAAGCCGACGAGGGCACCGAAGUCACAACGGAGUCUGGCGUUGAUGUUGUGCUAAACCACCGACUUCAGGAGUGCUUUGCUUUCGCCGACAAGAAGUCCUACACCCUCUAUCUAAAAGAUUAUAUGAAGAAGGUGUUGGCCAAGUUGGGGGAGAAGUCGCCUGACCAGGUAGAUGUCUUUAAGAUCAACAUGAACAAGGCCAUGAAGGACAUCCUCGGUCGUUUUAAGGAACUGCAGUUCUUCACCGACGAAUCCAUGGGCUGUGACGGCAUGGUGGCCCUAGUGGAAUACCGCGAAAUUAAUGGGGAAAGCGUUCCCGUGCUCGUGUUCUUCAAGCACGGUCUGGAGGAGGAAAAAUGCUAGAUGUGUCAUCAUCCCGAACCCCUCCCUAACGUAUCCUAUACUCAUGCAUACCUUCUACAUAUUUAUCA